AUGUGCAAGCGACGACUUCAUCAGUUGCUUUAUAAUCUUUCCAAGGAACUGUAGAACUUUCUUUGCAAAAAAUUCAAAAAGAAGGAAAGAAGAACUUAGCUUCCUUAAUUUUGCCUUUCUCCUAAUCAUGACGCACGACGUGUUCCUGAAUUUCCGAGGAAAGGAGAUGCGCAAAACUUUUGUGAGCCAUCUUCUUAGCUCGUUCACGACCAAAAACAUCACAAGUUUCAUAGUCUCUGAUCCUUUCGAGGACCCGGAUCUGAAGGCUAUGGAACAGUCGCUAGUUGCGAUCCCCGUGAUAUCAAAGAACUACGUGAUUUCUAACUUGUGGAUGGAUGAUUUGAGAAAGAUAAUAGAGUGUGAGAAGAUAGGAACUUUGACGGCAAUUCCUAUAUUCUUCCAAGUUAGUCCUUUGGACAUCUUACACGCAACAGAAAAAUACGCGGACACGCAGGAUGAGACCUUGGAGAUGGUGAGGAAGUGGUUGUACGCUCAGGUGUCCCGUAAACCUAGCUUCCAUUCCAAUGACUGGGACGACGACUCCGAGCUGGUGGAUAAAAUUACGAGUUUCGUUUCUGAUAUCCUGGAAUCUUCCACAUCAAGCUAUCAAAGUACUGGUUUAAGUCCGGCUCCGAGUUUGAAGCUAGAAAGUGCGUUCAGGGUAAGCAAGUUUAUGCACUGGAGAUCUCUGUCGCUACCAAGCUCAGCUUUUACACCGAUCUCACUGUCUGCAUUCAGUCAAUUCCCCCUCCUAGACAUGAAGGGUCGCUUAGAAAAUCUGCGCGCUAUGAUAUUGCGCGUAGAGUCUAGAGCAAUUGGUAUUUGUGGAAUGGAAGGAGUUGGGAAGACAACUCUUGCUAGGCACCUUUACGAGGAGAUGGCACCACGAUUUCAGCACCAUAUAUAUAUAAAGAAUGUCAUUAACAGGUCCCAGUGCCCAUUCAGUUUACUAGAUAUGCUUGCUAGUGAAACUUUCAAGGAAAGUAGCUUCCGCGGGAGCUCUGAUAGUGCCAUCAGAGAAAUGAUUGGGCACCGGAAGGUUCUGCUUGUUGCUGAUGGUGUUGAUGACAUUAAGCAGCUUAAAGGUAUAACCAAAGACGCAAGUUGGUUUGGUCCAGGAAGUCGGGUCAUUGUAAUCACUCAAGAAAGGUCUUUGCUUACUGAAUGUGGAGUGAAACACAUCUACGAGGUUGAGUGUCCGAGAUACGAGGAAGCUCUUGCUUUCUUCUCAGAAUUUGCAUUCAAGCAGAGCAGCCCUCUCCCUGUUUUCGAAAGUCUCUCUUUUCGGGCUGUCCAUGUCGCUAAUCGUCUUCCUCUGGCCCUGAAAGUGUUGGGAUCGUAUUUACGCGAUAGGGAAAUAGAUGAAUGGGAAAGUACAUUGCGUAAACUCGAAGCAUCACGUGAUAACUAUGCUUCAGAGGUUAAGAGUUACAUCGGAGCAGAUGACUAUGCACCGAGACGUCCGAUCAAAGUGGAUCGACACAUUGGAGUGGAUGAAGCAAAUUGUUUCCCGUUAUAUUGCUUGGCUCUUGAAUGAUCAUUGGUCUUGUUCAUGAGUCUACUUCACUUGGAUUUGUUUGAAAAGUAAUGUUGUGCAUUUAGUGGUUGAAUAAGACGAACAAGGACAUCUGCUCGUCACUAAACUCUUUUGUGUAUUGGUUAUUUAUUAUGUGUGUGUGUGUUUUUUAUUUUCUCUUUUGUGUUUUUAUGAUGGAUGGAUUCAGCUAAGUCUCGUCAACACUCGUUGGAUUCAGAAGACGGAAGGCAUUAGAACU